GAAAGAAGGUCCUCGUAACUCCUAGUGGACAACCUUUAUCAAGUUGAAGGUAGGGAGCGUGUGCUACAAGGGAAAGUAAAGAGAAGAUGAGCAAAGUACCUAUUUAUCGAAACCGAGCCUGCCACCUUUGAGUCAACACAGCUUCAACAUUGAUAAGGAAGAUCAAAAUGGCCUCUGCUGCUAGACUACAGUCGUUUAAGUCGAAGACUAGAGUCUUCAUCAUCUCCGACAUCUCUAAUGAGCCGGAUGAUGCAGAGUCGCUCGUCAGAUAUCUUCUAUACUCUAAUCAGUUUCAAACCGAAGGCUUGGUUGCCUGUACAUCAACAUGGAUGAGGACCAAAGUUUGUCCUCAAGAUAUCAUCAAGAUCAUCGACGCAUACGCUGGGGUUGUCGACAAUCUCAAUUUCCAUGUACACCCUGACUUCCGUUAUCCGACUGCUGAAAGUUUGAGGAAUCUUGUGCGGUCAGGACCACCGGUAUACGGCUUUGCCGCUGUUGGCGAUGACAUCCCUUUAAGCGAAGGCGGCCAAUUACUCUUCGAGCGUAUCAAAGCUCCAUCCAAAGAACCACUAUGGGUUCUUUGCUGGGGCGGGACAAACGUACUUGCACAAGUACUGUGGAAAUUACGGAAGCAAUACUCAGCAAGUGAAGCGGCAGACCUACGCUCAAGACUACGCGUGUACACAAUUUCAGACCAGGAUGACACCGGGGCGUGGAUUAGAGCGCAGUUCCCGGACAUAUUUUACAUUUCAUCUGUGCAUGCCUGGAACCACUAUGGCAUGGCAGCUUGGACUGGCAUUUCCGGUGACAGGUAUUACCGUUUUGACCAAGGAGGCCCGGACUUCACAAAGGUUUCUGCAGAGUGGAUUAAAGACAACAUUCAGCUUGGCCCUCUUGGUUCCGCGUACCCAAACUUCAUGUUUAUUCCUGAGGGCGAUACGCCCACCUUCCUCUAUCUUAUCCAGAACGGACUCGGUGUACCUGAGCAGCCCAGCUACGGUUCGUGGGGUGGCAGAUACCAGCUCAUAGACGUCAGUGAUGUCGGACAGAAUGCAAGUCAUUUUGCAGAUUGUGCAGAUACAGUCACUGGCCAAGACGGCCGUACUUAUCGUUCAAACCAGGCGACCAUAUGGCGGUGGAGGGAUGCAUUCCAGAACGACUUCGCUGCGCGGAUCCAAUGGAGUCUCACGAGCGACAUAACAGCAGCUAAUCACCACCCAGUCAUCACUGUAAACGGAAGUCAGGGCUCGGAACCAAUUAUGAUUGAAGCUGAGGCAGGCUCAACGCUCAGUUUUGACGCAAGUGAGACAUACGAUCCGGACUCUGGAGACAAUCUUACAUUCAAGUGGUGGCAUUACCGAGACCCCAGUGCAAUGCAGUGGACUGUAGAAUUUGAGAUUGAUGAAUUGGACAUUCGGGCAAUCGACGAUAAUGGGAGGGUGGUGGAAGUAAAACUUCCUGGACCAGAGAAAUGCUGCGUAGAGCUCCUUAGUCGGAAGCCUGUUGCGCGAGGGAAGGCGCUGCAUUUAAUACUGGAAGUGAGUGACAAUGGGGCACCUGCAUUGACAAGCUAUAAGAGAAUCGUAAUACAGACGAUGAACAAGGACCUUCGAGGUGGAGGCGAACCAUCUGAGGCAAUAGGCGAUGUUAUACAGAAGUUGCUUUCAGGUUGAAGACCAGAGUUAUCGUCUUCACCGGCAUCGGAAACAUUUAGGAUCUGGAUCAUUAUUAUAAUAGACCCAUGAGGAG